AUGAGGAGCAUCUGCAUGAGUAGCUACAGCUACAGCUACAGCUACAGCUACACCUACAUCUACAACUACAUCUACAACUACAUCUACAUCUACAUCUACAGCUACAGCUACAACUACAUCUACAACUACAUCUACAUCUACAUCUACAUCUACAUCUACAGCUACAGCUACAGCUACAUCUACACCUACAUCUACAACUACAUCUACAUCUACAUCUACAUCUACACCUACAACUACAUCUACAUCUAUAGCUACAGCUACAUCUACAUCUACAGCUACAGCUACAGAUACAGAUACAGCUGCAGUCCAGACUAA